GUGGAGUGGCUGGAUGUGCCGCGGCGCCGCGAAGGGGGCGGUGGCGGGCGCAUCCUGACGGCCUUCCUGCCCUUCAGGGACGCGCGAGGCCGCGCCGCGCGCGCCACGCUGCUGUACAGCCACGGCAACGCGGUUGACCUGGGGCAGAUGAUGCCCGUCUACAGGUGGGGGUAA